AUGAAGCCUCUUGUCAUCUCCGUGCUGGUUUUGGCUUGUGGAUUGGCUCUUGUGACCAGCACACCUUCUCAGUUCAAUGAGAUGAUCCAACUCAGCACCGUUACCUACAGCCUGGCCAACUUCACCAACUAUGGGUGCCACUGCGGACCUGGGACUCAAGGCCUUCCUGUAGAUGCCAUCGACAGGUGUUGCCACAGCCAUGACUGUUGUUACAACAAGGCAGAGAUGUACGGCUGCAACCCCAAAGUCCUCAACUACCAGUUUUAUGCCCAGAGAGAUAAAGUCAAGUGCGUCAAAUCAAGGGACCGCUGUGAGAAAAUGGUGUGUGAGUGUGACCAGAAAGCUGCCAGUUGCUUCCAGAAACAUCUUUUCACGUACAACCCUCAAUUCAGAAACCUUCCAGUGGCCAACUGCAGGGCCCAGCGUCCAUUCUGUUGAAGAUCAUUUCCUUCAGGUGGAGGAAGCAACU